UAUAAAUACCCCAUUCACUCAUCCCCAACUAUCAUUUCACAAAACCUUAAAAAAACACAACACACUUUAUACUUGUUUAUUUCUUUCUUUCUUUCUUGCUCCUCUUGCACUAAUCUAAGAAUGUCAGGGGUUUGGCUUUUCAACAACGCUAACGGCGUGAUGAGGCUAGUGGACGGCUCAGAGGCCAUGGAAGGCGGUCGCCAUGGGUCAGGUGGACGGCGCAAGGUGCUUGUUCACACCGCAAGCAACGAGAUCAUCACAUCUUAUGCGGUUUUAGAGCGAAAACUUUAUUCCAUGGGAUGGGAGCGUUACUAUGAUGACCCUGACCUCCUUCAGUUCCACAAACACUCCACCAUUGAUCUUAUUUCCCUUCCUAUGGAUUUCAAUAGGUUCAAAUCCAUGCACAUGUAUGACAUAGUUGUGAAGAACAAGCACUCCUUUGAAGUUAGGGACAUGAUGAUGUAGGCCAACAAAUUAACAACAAUUAGUCUCUAUGCAUGACCAUGUAAUUUGUUUGGAUUCUUGGUUUUGCUUCUAAGUUGUGUGUUUCUUGGUUUGAUUUUUGAUUAGUGUGACUUAACAUGAAUAUUGUUAAUUUGUCACAUUAUUAUUAUAUUCUAUGUAUAUUUUGAGCAUAGGUUUAAUUUGUGUUUUGAAUACUAUACUAUAUAUAUGUAAUAUAGAGAUACUACGGUGUGUUUGUGUUUGAGUAGCUCUCAUUUGUAUGAGAGUGCUGUAAAUCUUAAUUUGUAGUUGUUUUAAAGUUGAAGUUUUACCA